AUGGCAAAUGUAACAGGGCACCUUAAUCAAACAACCAUAGGAGGGCUAAGUGAAAAUACACUUCCUUUUUCCAAGUCUUCGUCUGCCGAUUUCUUUACUCUUUAUCUUCUCUUUGCUUCGAUCCUCAUCAUUUUUGGACUCUUCGAUGUCCAUGGCUUCUUCAAUGUCCAAUUAGUAGCCCUAAAAGUCUGUGAACCCACCGGCGAGCUUCUCAGAACCUUAGAUCGCCGAGGCAAGCGAAUCAUCGAUUUCGUCGACGAUCAGCCGACCAAGAAGCUCAGUGGUAUCAAUCGAGCGUCAAAGAAGGCGAUCUUUGAGGCUGUGACAG